AUGUCCUCCAAAUCUCUUGUGACCAUCCAAAGAGGGUCAGUAAUUUCGGGUUCCCCCGAAUAUGAAGCCUUGCGGGACUCUAUACGGACUGAACUCUGGUCAUCUGUUCCCCAAGAGCUUCUCCUACCAGACUCCAUGAUUCAGAACCCUCCUAAAGAUGUCACGGGCAUCCCUCAAAAAUGCUCGAUUCUCUCCGACAGGGAACUGGAAAUCACGGAAACAUACGAUGCUACUGCACUUGCUCAAGCGAUUGCUUCUCAGAAGCUUACAGCUGUUUCUGUAGCAACUGCGUUUGCAAAGCGAGCCAUCAUUUCUCACCAGCUCAGCGGCUGUCUUUCAGAAUGGUUCAUGGACGAGGCUGUUGAGCGUGCCAGGAUCCUGGAUGCUCACCUUAAGACAGGGAAACCUGUGGGGCCGCUUCACGGUGUCCCUAUCAGCAUCAAAGAGCAUAUCCCGAUAGCUGGCCAUUGGAGCAGUGUCGGAUAUCUGGAGACAAGAAGAAAGGAUACGGUCGACUGCCAAAUGGUUGAGAUCCUGCGGAGAGCAGGUGCCGUCUUUUAUUGCAAGACCAACCAACCCCAAUCCAUUAUGCAUUUGGAGAGCCAUUCGUCCUUAGGGAGGGUACUCAACCCUUGCAACAUCGGUCUCUCCGCUGGAGGCUCUACUGGCGGCGAGGCAGCAUUGAUAGCUCUUCGCGGCUCAAUCCUCGGGGUUGGGACGGAUAUUGGUGGGAGCAUCCGUGGCCCUGCAGGCUUCUGUGGUAUAUAUGGGUUCAAACCCACAUCUUAUACCCUCCCGAUGAAGGAUUUUCUCGCGGGUGGUUUUGGGGCGGAGCUGAAUGUGCUGUGUUCAACGGGGCCCAUGUGCACAUCUCUACGAGACCUGGAAUACUUUAUGUCUGUGGUGGCAUCUGCGAAACCUUAUCUAGAGGAUCCUCGACUUAUUCCGAUCCCUUGGACAGGGUCCGCACUGACUCAGAAGCCGAGAGCACCCUUGAAGAUUGGAAUUAUGAUGAACGAUGGGGUGAUUGAGCCUCAACCUCCAGUCACUCGGGCCUUGGAAUGGGCACAAUCCCAGAUUCAAAAAUCAUCCGACUUGAUUCUGAAGCCAUUUCAGCCUUAUGAGACAGCAAAAGCGAUGCAGAACAUCAGAUUGGCAUAUUGGCCUGAUGGAGGCCGUGCCGUGAAGGCACAUUUAGCAGCCACUGGCGAACCAAUGUUCCCGUUAACUCAAUGGAUCAUCAAAGACGCCGAGGGAGCCGAACUCACAGCCUCAUGCGUUCUGGAGCAGCGCAUAGCUCGGGAUGAAUUCCGCUGCAGCUUUGCGCGACAUUGGGAGGCUCAAGAUGUCGAUGUGGUCAUCUGUCCCGUGUUUGUCGGCCCUGCGUGUGAACACGACACAGCCUUUUACUGGAACUACACCGCGUUGUGGAACUAUGUUGAUUAUCCUGCGGCCGUAGUCCCUACCCCAGUCAAAGCUGGUUGUGCAGGGGCUGAAAGCUAUGCUUCAAGAACUCCGCUUAGCGAUCAGUGCAAGCAUGUUCGAGAAUUGUGGACCAACGGAGACUUUGAGGGCGCUCCAAUUAAUAUCCAAAUUGUUGCAAGAAGAUACGAUGAUAAUGGCUUGUUUGUUGCGUUGGACAUGUUGAAAGAUGUCCUUCAAAGGGUCAACGAAUAAAUUCUUCUGUUGUAUUACAGUCUUCAUUUGCUUUGUCGAG